AUGGCUGACUUCCCCUUCGACUUCCACGUCGUGGUGGUCGGCGCAGGCCUGGUGGGCCUCACCGCGGCCAUCCUGCUGCGAAAAGCCGGCUACCGGGUGACGGUUCUCGAGCGCGAUGUCGAACUGCGAGAGAUUGGAGCUGGCAUCCAGCUCCCUGUCAAUUCCUGCCGCGUCCUGAGAGAUGCCGGCGUCCUGGGGCGCGUCCGCGACAGGGCGGCCCGGCCAAAGGCCAUCGUGCUGCGAUCGUAUCGCAAUGGAGAGCUGCUCCGGGAGAUGAACCUGGAUCCCUACACCCAGGACAAGUAUGGCCUGCCUUACCUGGUCAUCCAUCGCGCGGAUCUGCGCAAGAUCCUGUACGACGAAGCCGUCGCCCGGGGUGCCCACGUGCGUCUCGCAGUGACGGUCGACGGCCAGGCAUCCGACUUCCCCAACGGCGUCAUCCGAUUCUCUGGCAGCCAGGAGGAGCUGCGCGCCGACCUUGUCGUUGGUGCAGACGGUCCGCAGUCCAUGUGUCGUGCUGCCCUGCUCCAGAGGCCCAACAACCCCCGGCCCACGGGCGUCACCGUCGUGCGCAUCGUCGUCCCCGUUUCGGCCAUCACACGAGACGCAGACCUGCACGAUCUGGUGUCCCCGCCAUCUGUGCAGACCUGGCUGGGUCCUCGAAGCCUGGCCAUCUGCUACACGCUGAAAGACGCCUUCAACAUCGUCCUCACCCGCCCGGCCACCCAGGACGAGGUCUUUAUCGGCCCUCGUCCGGAGAACGUCGAGCAGUUGCGCGCGUUCUUCCAGAACUGGGAUCCCAAGAUGCGCCGGCUGCUGGACAUUGCCGAUAACUUUAACAAGUGGUCGCUUCUAGAAGUCGACGAGCCGCCGGCAUCCUUUGUCCAUCCUGGUGGAAAGUUCGUCCUGGCGGGGGAUUCAGCGCAUGCGACUCUGCCGUACUUAGCGCAAGGAGCCGCAAUGGGCUUUGAAUCUGCAGCCGUGCUUUCCCACCUCCUCGCCGAAGCCCGCAAUCCGUCCGAAAUCCCGCAUCUCCUGCAUCUGUACGAUUCCGUCCGACGGCCUCGCACGAACCUCGUCAUCCGCGCGAGCAAGCGGACGGGCGAGAUCUGGCAGUUGCCCGAUGGUCCCUUGCAGGUCGUUCGAGACCGGCAGUUCGUCGAGGAUGUGCCCCCGUCGGUUGGGUAUCCUAAUAUGUUGGAUGAUCCGGUGUUUCAGCAGUGGCUUUUUGGAUUUGAUGCGAGGGAGUGCGUUCGCGUGCAGAGGGAGUGUGGGCGAUACAAUAGCCAUAGCCAUCUAUAG